GACAAUCACCUGCACCGAAAUAGAGGUGUGGCGCCACACUGCCGAAAAUCUGUCAAAAAUCGUUUUGUAGUUAUAUUUUAAUAACCUUAGUAGCAAUAACAACAAUUAAAUUAUGGGUAUCAGAGUGUUUAUCAGCGGGAUCUCCGGCAAUAAAGAGGUAAAGAAAAGACAGCAGAGGGUCCUGCUGAUUUUGGACUCGAAAAAUAUUAAGUACGAUGUUGUGGACAUCGCAGAACCAGGUAGCGAGGAGGACAAAGAUUUUAUGCAUACGAAUUCAGCUUCCAAUGGUGCCACAAUUAGUGAUCCAAAUCCCAGACACCCGCUUCCACCGCAAAUUUUUAACGACGACGUUUACUGUGGGGACUAUGAUGGCUUUGACAUGGCAAACGAAAUCGAUGAGAUGGAAAAAUUCUUGAAGUUGGCGCCAGACGAUUCGUCGCCUGCAGUUACAUCUAGCGCUGAAAUCAAACUGGAUAACGGCAAUGCCAAAAAAGAUGCAGAGGAACCGAUAAUCUCAAACGACCAAUCGGACGUCGUGGAUUCCACGAAUCAAGAAAUAGAAGAAAACUCCAACGAAGUGCCUGAAGAAAAAAAAGUGGAAAACGGAAACCAUGAAGAAAGUGGGGACCAAGCAGAUAAGGAAGAAGAAAAAGAAGAAGUAGACGCAGAAGAAGACACAAAGGCUGAUGAUUCCUAAUCAUUAAAUUUUUUUAUUUUUAUUAUAAUUAUUAUUUAUAUGCGCACUGAAUCACAAUUACUCAUUAAUUUAUCUUCUCUUUUAUCGCUUUAUUUCUUGCCAAGGCAAGUCUUCAUUUUUAAGUAUUAUAAAAAUUAUUAUUAUUAUUUAUGCAAACAAUAAUAAGGUUAUGGUCCUAAUGUGCUUCAAACAAUAUUGUUAUAUUAAAUGUUACUGUUGAAGUUAUUUCGGAUUUUGUAAAUAUUCCUUAUAAAAUUGAGUUCUUUAAUAAAUCUUUUACCAA